AGUCACGAAUUGCCAACAAUUAAUUCAAAAUUUAACAGGUUUUGACAUUUUCGAUCGGUAUUUGGUUUCAAACAGGCAAUGCCACAAUGAUUGUUAUUCAGUCUGAAUUUCACUGAAAAGAAGCAUUCUCUAUCAUGUCUUCGCACGAUUCCAAAGAGUCUGUCGAACGAGAUGCGUAUGGGCCAUCAGCCACCAAGCGAAUUUCUACCCUAAAAGAGCAUGAAGAUAAAAUUCUUCGCCGGAAGAUAAACGCCUAUCGCAAGGUUCAUAAAAAGGAGAUCGCCCAGGUUUCUAGCAAACUUGUUGAAAUCAGAGAAUCUAUGAAAGAACUAGCGACAGAUCCAUUAUAUGGAAACCAUUCUUUGCAGAGCGUAGAGGGAAGUGAAUAUGGUAACUCUACUAAAAUUCCUAUUACUAACGAACAAAAAUUAAAACUUGGACGUUCGCAAAGUUUUCCAGAUCUAGGGGAUAGAUCGACAACAAACACUGGUACAAACACAUGCUCCUUCCCCACCCUAAAACAUGAGCAUCAUGUUGUUCAGAGCAUUGGAAACUCGGCUGAAAGAGCAUCAAGCAAUCGUGAAGAGUUUAAACCGAGAAUAAAGUCCACUAUCUCGCCACACAGUGCUCAAAUAACCAAGUGGCAGCUUACAGAACAUAAAAAACUGGAAAGGUCUAAAACAGCUCCAAUUACAAUGCUGCAGCCGCUUUUGAUCACCACGCAAGAGAUGAUGCGAAAGAAAAUUAAUAUUUCUACUUCAACUCGAGGUGUAAACGUAGAUGAGGUCUCGGAAAGAAGACGUAUUUCACCGCGUUUCGUAGAAAAGAGCCCGAAAACAACCCCACUGGAAUCCCCAGCUGAUUCAGGAGGUUAUGUUCAUCGACCCAAGUCGACAUCUAAUACUCAGGCAUUCCCAUCACACAGCUUCUCGAAAGAUCCGAAAAGGCUGCUCAAUUUUCCCGGCAAGAAAAUUCUUACUAAGACAGAAGCAAGUGAUGAAGGUUCUUCCUUCUCCUGGUUUAAAAAUGUUUACGAAAAAAAAUCAUCAAGCAGUACCUCGAAGUAUUCCCAAAAAUCUCAAAACGGUGAAUUGGAAGUGAACGAUGCUACUCCAGAGAGCAAUGAAAAGGGCAUCGAUGAUUUAAAAUGUUGUCGAUACUUAAGAUUUUCCAAGGAAAACCAAGAAAGUAACCGAAUUUAGCGGAAGGUACAACUUAAAAAUCGAGGGAAUCAAG